UCAGAGCGGAAGCCGACCUCGCUCGCCCCGGAAGUGCAAAGUCUACUCCUCGGCAGGUGUAAGUUCCGCCGGUGAAGGCGGCUGCCUUCAAGAUGCCGGGAGCCGCAGCAAAGGGGUCAGAGUUGUCCGAGAGGAUCGAGAGUUUCGUGGAGACCCUGAAGCGGGGCGGCGGGCAGCGAAGCUCUGAGGACAUGGCUCGGGAGACUUUGGGGCUGCUGCGCCGAAUCAUCACGGACCACCGCUGGAGCAACGCGGGGGAGCUAAUGGAGCUGAUCCGUAGAGAGGGCAGGAGGAUGACGGCCGCGCAGCCUUCCGAGACCACCGUAGGCAACAUGGUGCGGAGAGUUCUUAAGAUCAUCCGGGAGGAGUAUGGCAGACUCCACGGCCGCAAUGACGAGAGUGAUCAGCAGGAGUCCCUGCAUAAGCUCUUGACAUCUGGAGGCCUGAAUGAGGAUUUCAGUUUCCAUUAUGCCCAACUUCAGUCCAAUAUCAUUGAAGCGAUUAAUGAGCUGCUAGUGGAGCUGGAAGGGACAACUGAGAACAUUGCAGCCCAGGCCCUGGAACACAUCCACUCCAAUGAGGUGAUCAUGACCAUUGGCUUCUCCCGAACAGUAGAGGCCUUCCUCAAAGAAGCUGCCCGAAAGAGGAAAUUCCAUGUCAUUGUGGCAGAGUGUGCUCCUUUCUGCCAGGGUCAUGAAAUGGCUGUGAAUUUGGCCAAAGCAGGUAUUGAGACGACUGUCAUGACUGAUGCUGCCAUUUUUGCUGUUAUGUCAAGAGUCAACAAGGUGAUCAUUGGCACAAAGACCAUCCUGGCUAAUGGUGCCCUGAGAGCGGUGACAGGAACUCACACUCUGGCACUGGCAGCAAAGCACCAUUCCACCCCACUCAUCGUCUGCGCACCUAUGUUCAAACUCUCUCCACAGUUCCCCAAUGAAGAAGAUUCAUUUCAUAAGUUUGUGGCUCCUGAAGAAGUCCUGCCUUUCACAGAAGGGGACAUUCUGGGAAAGGUCAGCGUUCAUUGCCCUGUGUUUGACUACGUCCCCCCAGAGCUCAUUACCCUCUUUAUCUCCAACAUUGGUGGGAAUGCACCGUCCUACGUCUAUCGCCUGAUGAGUGAACUCUACCACCCUGAUGAUCAUGUCCUAUGACCACCACCUGUCCUAAGCAGAGUCACUUGGGCAGACCCAGAAUGGAGAGAUUUCAGUGCUGCUGCUGAAACACGUCCUCCUUGCAGUGGGGAAGUGAACAGAACUCAACCUGGAAAAAGCCUUGCUACUGUCGCCUGCCUUUUUAGUCAUCCCACAACAAGGCACACAUCCAGGACUGAUUCUUGCCUUUUAGGCCUUAACAGAGUAGCAGGGCUUCACUUACUGAUUUUGGAGUCUCUUAGUGACUGCAGCUGCGUCUGUUUCAGGAACUUAAACUUUAUGGUUCAGUGGUGUGUUAAACUUAACACGGAAUACCUUGCUGGGAUACAGAUUUUUGCUCAGAAAUGCCUACCACACCUCUUCCUAGGCUGUGCCAAUAAAAGCUACUUGAAGGUUC